AUGGAUUCAGGAAAUAGUGGGAGCUUACAGUCAUCAAGUGGUGCUGAAGAAGAGUGCGAUUCACGCGCCGCCGUUAAUGAUUCUGGUUUCAUCAUCACCCAUCAUCACCAACCUCACCCACCAUCACCACCUUUCAACCACUAUAUGUUUGAUCAGAAUCAGAUCAACAACCCCUUGAUGUUUACGCUGUCCCCACAACAUCAACCUCAUAACCUUGACUCUGCCAUCUGGUCCAAAACCCUACCUUCUUUCUCCGACCACCAGUUCUUCCCUUCAUCGUCACAGACCGCCGCCCAUACUGUACCAUUCUCUCCGGUUACGACGUCAAACACUGAACCGAUAACGACUUCAAUCCCUCCUCCCCCGGCUCGCAACCCAAAGAAACGAUCAAGAGCGUCGCGGAGGGCACCGACUACUGUGUUGACUACAGACACUAGUAAUUUUAGAGCCAUGGUUCAAGAAUUCACCGGCAUCCCUGCACCACCCUUUACAUCAUCGUCGCCGAUGUUCCCGAGGUUGUCGACAAGUUUUGAUCUUUUUGGUAGAUCCUCCCCCAUGAUGAGAUCCAACACCAACAACUUUGAUAACCAACCUCAACUACCUCCUUACCUUUUGCACCCAUUCCCACAAAAACUCCAGUCUUCUUCAUCUUCGAUCUCUUCAUUGUUGGACUCAUCUAAUCUGCUCAACACCAUGCAAAACACAAUCUCCUUUCCUUCUAAUUCUCUAAACCAGUCUUCAUAUCUGAACCAGAAAACCACACAAAACGAUGUAUCUUCAAAUCGGUUUGGUGUGAUCGGGCAAACCCAGAUUGAUGGACUCCACACCACUCUACCAGACCUUGUUUCAACCACAGGAACUGCACCCACAUCCUCAACCACCAAAGCAAGAAACAGCGACCAGAUGGCGUCGGGAAACUGGAAUGGCGACGCUAACUACAGCAAUGAAAAAGCGGCGGAUCAUCAUGGUGCUGGUAUGAAAAGUGAUCAAGGGUUUAUUGAACCCUGGGUUUGUUCUUCAGAUUAA